AAUAUGUGGCAGGAAUCAGAGGUCUCUCCGGUUCCCUUACUCUCUCCAUCGCUCUCUCGCUCUCUUUCCCUGAGUGUGCGAGAGGAGUUUGGGCAGCAGCUACGUCAGCCGUCAGCGAGCAGCUGAGGAGAGCUGUGGAACUCACAUGUGUGUGUGUGUAUGCGUGUGUGUGUAUGUGUCUCUCUCAGCUUUCUCUCAUAGUCUCCAGCUCAUACCUCUACUCUCUCUGGAGUCUACGGCUGUGGCACAUCCUGGGGCACUGACACGGCGAACGAAGCACCUCCUCUCACCAUCUGCACACUGCUCCUCAAACAGCAGCAGACCACAGCACAAACCAAGGAGAAAAGAAGGAGAGAGUGGAAGCAAAGGAUGGAAGAGAAGAAGAGAGAGAUGGGAAUCUGAAGGAAAAGUGCGGAGGUAGGAGAGUCUGAUGGACAGAGUAGAAAAAGUAAGUGAAGAAAUAGUAUUGGAAGAAUGACACAGAGAUGAAGUGAGGAACGCAGAGCUGAUAAAGGUGAAACUGAAAAGAGAAAUACUUGUUAUAAAUAGGAACGUAGCUGGGUCCGGGAGAGAAUAUCAACCUCAGAGAAAGAAGAUUUAGGAAAAAAAAUGUUCUAACAGCCACAGCGUGGUAGAAUAUAGCUGGUGAAACGAAAAAGAGCAAAGGCUCAGGGAGAGAUCAGCAGGAGGGAUCAGAGUCAUUUGUAAAGGACAGCCCCGGCCAACCACAUGCCCAUCGAAUUUGUUUGUAAAAUCAAGUUUGCUGAAGGUGAUGAAGCCAAGGGGGCCUCGACAGAAAGAGCCGGAACUGUUAUGCUAGCUGGCCUUCCACAAAAAGGAGGCAUGGCUGACCUGGCGUCCUUCGCAAGCUCCUCUUCGCUGCAUGGUCUGGCUCGGGUGUUGGGGACCUCAGGGCGCUUGGGCUUCAGACAGACCCUCUGGGGACUGGCACUGUUGGCUUCGCUUGGUCUCUUCCUGUACCAGGCGACACGGAGCACGGCGACUUAUCUAGAGCGACCCCACCUCGCAGCUAUGAGGGAAGAAACCCGCCGGGAGCUCACCUUCCCGGCGGUCACGGUCUGCAACGUCAACCGAUUCCGCUUCUCAGCCCUCACCGACGCGGACAUCUACCACUUGGCGAACCUCACCGGCCUGCCGCCCAAGAGCCGGAAAGGACACCGGCCAAGUGAGCUCCAGUACCCACCGCCAGACAUGCUAGACAUUUUCCAGAGGACUGGCCACCAGCUGGAAGACAUGCUGAAGAGUUGCAACUUCAGCGGGCAGAACUGCUCGAGCGAAGAUUUCAGUGUGGUGUAUACACGGUAUGGGAAAUGUUACACAUUUAAUGGAAACAAGACAUCGCCCAAGCGGGUAAGGCAAGGUGGCACAGGAAACGGACUGGAGCUGAUGCUGGAUAUUCAACAGGACGAGUAUCUGCCCAUCUGGAGAGAAACCAAUGAGACGACACUGGAGGCAGGUAUUCGGGUUCAGAUUCAUAGUCAGAAUGAACCCCCAUACAUCCACCAGCUGGGCUUUGGGGUCUCUCCAGGAUUCCAGACAUUUGUUUCCUGUCAGGAACAGAGGCUAACAUACCUGCCACAGCCAUGGGGGAACUGUCGAGCUUCAUCUGAGCCUGUGAUCCCAGGAUACGACACCUACAGCGUCAGUGCUUGCAGACUGCACUGUGAGAGCACACAGGUGCAGAGAGAGUGCAAUUGCAGGAUGGUGCAUAUGCCAGGCAAUGCUGAUAUCUGCACACCCAGUAAAAUCAAGUGUGUUGACAAGGCUUUAGCUUUACUCCAGAAGAGCACAGGUGACUCAUGCCCCUGCGAGACACCCUGUAAUUUGACUCGGUAUGGAAAAGAGCUCUCUAUGGUUAAAAUCCCCAGCAGGGGCUCUGCUCGCUACCUUUCUCGCAAAUACCAGAAAUCGGAGGAAUACAUUAGAGACAACUUUCUCAUCUUGGAUAUUUUCUUUGAGGCCCUUAACUAUGAGACAAUAGAACAGAAGAAAGCCUAUGACAUCGCUGGUCUGUUAGGAGAUAUUGGUGGACAGAUGGGGCUAUUCAUUGGGGCCAGUAUUCUUACUAUACUGGAAAUACUUGACUAUAUCUAUGAGGUGGCCAAAUACAAAAUCAAGCAAUUCCUGAAACCAAAAAAGAGUCAGAAACAACAGAACCAACGGAACUUGAUCCAAGAGCAGAUCCAGAGAACAAAGAACCUGCGAGAACAGAACCUGAAAGCUCAGCUGGCAGCCGGAACUAUUGCUACAGUCAGAUUUGAAGAAGUCAAAGUCAAGGCAGCUAAUGAAGUGGCUCAACCACACAGUGCACAUCCAACUUCAAUAUUACCAAAUCAUCACAAUGCACAAGCAGUCGUACAGCAGGACUUUGCUUGUUAAGGGACGCCUCUUCUUCUCUGUAUUUAUUUUUCAUAUCACAGUACUUGACAUUGAGAUCCUGAAUGGACCCUGUAAACUGAAAUACAAAUUUCAUUUUUUUUUCACUUAUAAAAGCUACAGCCAAAGCAAAGCCUAAUCCAGGACCUCAUGUGAAACCGGCUCAAACCAGUCACACCGUCACUGUUCCCAUUGUUCAAGUCAAUACCAGAUGAAGAAACCACACAAUGUGUUUCACAUGUGCUCUUGUAGAUUUUUUUCCCAUCUGGAUGGACCCAUCAUAGAUUUCAAAGAAGAAAGGACCUGCGAGGAUCAGAUUCGGACAGAAUGUUGCAUUUCACAUAAAUUACUUAUUUGACAGGACAAAUAUGAACUAAAUGGAAGUUAUAAGAGACGAAGCAACCAUGUUAGUGCAGAAAAAAAGUUGGUUUCUGUGUGGUUCUUCCUAUGGUAAUGUACAGUGCUUGCGCCAUUUCACCUUUUCGCAUUUCUUAAUAACAUAAUGAAACUUCUCAGUAGAAGAACAGCUUAAAUAUACCACUCGUUUCUCUGUGAGUAGGUGUUAUGUUCUUUUUCAGCCUUAUGUAACUUCUCCAUUGUGCUGUGGUCCUUAUAAUGAAACAGUCUGUCUCUAGGAUUGAAACAUAAAAAACACCACACUAGAGCACACUGUCUGCUUAAAAUUCAUCUUUAGUAAAAAAUAAAUAAAAUACAAUAAAAACACAA